AUGGGAAGCAAAUCACAAAAUUUGUUACCAGAUAGGCGCCCGCUGCUGCAAACAACUUCAACUCCGUCGUUGAGAAGUUAUAGAGCCAUUAAAGUAGACCAGCCUUUAAAAUUAAACACAAAAUCAUACAUUUCAUAUUAUUUACCUAUAUUGAAAUGGUUUCCAGAGUAUGAUAGAAAGAAGCUAGGAAAGGACUUGUUGGCUGGUAUUUCGCUUACUGCAUUCCAGAUACCAUUUGCUAUUUCUUUGAGCACAAUGGCCCAUGUGUCGCCAUAUGCCGGAUUGUUUUCACUCGUAAUCCCUCCAUUAAUCUAUGCUGUGUUUGGUAGUGUCCCCACUAUGGUUGUCGGCCCUCAGACUGUGGUAUCUUUAGUUGUUGGACAAAGUUGUGAAGCUUGGUCGCAUAAGUCUGUGGAUUCAUUGGUGACGGUUGCUGUUAUUGCGUGUACUUCUGGAUUUAUUCUUUUAUCUAUGGGUCUUUUCCGUAUGGGGUUCAUUGAUAAUGCAAUAUCCAAAGCAUUUUUAAGAGGGUUCAUAUUUGCGCUUGCUAUUAUGAUGUUGAUAACAGAAUUAUUACCAGAGUUACAAUUAGAGGAUUUAUAUCGAGACGAAGUUGCUCAAGGCAAUGCAGGGACUACUACGUGGGAUAAAUUUAAUUUUAUCCUUAAAUAUGGUCCUGAACAUGCUGAUUCAUUUAGCAUGAAGCUUUCUUUUAUAGCUUUCAGCAUCUUGAUGGUUUGCAAAUAUGUUAAGAAGUAUUUUACCGAGAAGCGUGGCUCAAAGCUAUGCAGAUUUUUCCCAGACCUUUUAUUAGUGGUUGCCGGUUUUAUUUAUUUGUCAUAUUAUAAUGAUUGGAGCUCAACAAUGGGUACCCGUAUCAUCGGGAAUUUACCACCAAACAAAAAUCAUUUUAAGGUGCCAAUAACAUCGUUUAAAGAAUUCAAAGAGCUAUUUGAUAUAUCGUUCUUAGUUGCCAUUCUAGGUUUAUUUGAUUCUGCUACUGCGUUUAAAGCAAUUGGUGAGAAAUUUGACAUUGAUAUUUCUUCAAAUAGGGAACUUGUAAGUUUGGGGUUGAUUAAUGUCGUAUCUUCAGUUUUCAGUGCAUUACCUGCAUUCGGAGGUUAUGGAAGAAGUAAACUAAACAUUUUAUGUAGUGCUCAAACGCCCAUGGCUGGAAUUGUCGUAUCUGUAGCAGCUAUAUUUUGCAUGAACUAUAUGAUGGGUGCUUUCCAUUAUUUGCCCUUGUGUGUCCUUGCGGUUAUCAUCUCAUAUAUUGCAUAUAACUUGCUUGAAGAGAUACCAAGUGAUUUAUUCUUCUAUUGGUCGGUGGGAGGUUAUCAAGAAUUGUUAACUUUCGUUGCAGUUGUAGUCACAACACUUGUCUGGUCUCCUCAAUUUGGCGUGUCAAUUGGAGUUGGCUUAACAAUGAUAAGGUUGUUGAAGCAUACCACGCAGUCCAGAGUGCAAAUACUUGGACGAGAUCCUGUUACCAAAAAGUUUCAAAACAUCUAUGCAGAACAAAGUGAACAGAUCCCGCUAGAAGAAAUUGAGAAAACAAUGGUUAUUAAAAUACCAGAGCCUUUGAUAUUUUCUAACGUUUCAGACUUGAAAAAGAGGUUGUCUAGACUAGAAAAAUAUGGCUCACUAAAGGUUCAUCCAUCUUAUCCAACACCCCUUCGGCCAGUGUCAGCGUCGGCAGGGAGCCAAAGUGAAAGUUAUAUUAGUUAUGUGAUUUUUGAUCUUUUAGGAAUGACGUACAUUGAUAUGUCUGCCUUGCAAGCUUUGACUGAAAUGGUCGUCAAUUAUCACAAAAGAGGCACGUUUGUUUUAUUCGCCAGACCUUCAAUUCACGAUUUAAAAAAUAAACUUAAUAAGAGUGGUAUCACGAAGCUACAGGCGAAUUUUGUUCAGAAACAAAUAACAUUUGGCAGUAGGACCUCUGUAGAGCUUAUGCAGUUUCUUAAAGCAGGCCUUUAUGUUAGCCUAGAUGAUGCGCUUACUGUAGUUGAUACCUUAGAGAACUUGACUAACGGUGGAGAGGCUGCAAACUCCAUUCAAGAACUAGCAUAG